GUUAUGAUAUCAGUUUCCUGCAAAUGUUUAGAGUUGUUCUCUGGUUAGUUCAGGAGUCAUGAACGCCGCUUCGCUGGUCCAGAGGGUUGCGGGGAUUUCUGGAGCUCUUGCAGUCGCAGCAGGUGCAUAUGGAGCUCACGGUUUUCGACGCAGUGAAGCGAGUGAUUACCAGAGAGAGUUGUUUGAUACAGCAAACAAGUACCACUUCUACCACAGCCUGGCGUUGUUAGGAGCUGCUCGUUGUAGAAAACCUGCUCUGGCUGGCGUAAUCCUCCUCACUGGCAUGGGCUGCUUCUGUGGUCCCCUUUACCACCAGGCCUUAACCAAUGACCCCAGUUUCAGCAAGCUGGCACCAAUUGGAGGGUCAUUGCUCAUCGUUGGCUGGGCUGCAAUGGCUCUUUGAACUCUUUUAAUUUUACCAUUGUCAGAGAUGUGGUUCUGUUUUCUCAUUUAAACAGAAAAAAAGAGGAGAAGUAGGCUCCCUGAAGGAGAAAAGGGUGGAGGAUUUCACAUCUUAUCUAAACUCUUUUCAGUCACAUCUGGAGAGUGAUGAUAAAGCCCUGGGAUCAAACAUAAUUCAUUUUCUCUCUGCACUGUCACAGACAUCUUUAUUUUGUCAGCAUGAAAAAAAGAAAAACUUUUGAGAAGCUUUCCUUUGUGGCUUAUUAUCGAGAGCGAAUGAGUCACACUGUGGCAUUGCUGUCUUGGAAGUGUAUGUACAUACGUUUCCUUUGUUUGAAAAAAUAAAGCUGUCUGAGAA